UUUUUUUUUUUUCAAACGGUCUUAAAUCAUUUUGAAUUUGCCUGUCCUGACGCCGCCUCUUCCGCAGCAGUAAUACCCCACCUUUCUCUUUUCUUACCACUGCUAUUUUAUUACAUAAUUGGUUGCCUUUCUUUCGAGAUCAACCGGCUGGAAGAAAUCUGAGAUUGUGCUUUCUUCUCGUUGCUUCUUGUCUGUGCUCAUUCUUCGUAACUUGCCCCUUCUCAUCGGGAUCCGCUUCUUGAUCUUGUUCCUUUUCACAGCAUUUGCUUUCCGAUGAACUACGCCGCCAAUUGGUGGAAAGACUUCGCUCGAACUCAUGAAAAUUUGAAACAUUCGAUUGCCGGUGCAGGCGCCGGCAUAGUGUCUUCUAUCGUAACAUGUCCGUUAGAUGUCGUCAAAACACGCUUACAAAAUCAGGGGAAAUUAGAGCCGGGAAUGAUUGUAUAUAGAGGGACCGUAGGCACAUUAUCGAGGAUCUGGAAAGAAGAAGGGAUUCGUGGGUUAUACCGUGGGUUGGGACCGAUGCUUGUGGGGUAUUUACCGACCUGGGCUAUUUAUUUUACGGUUUAUGAUUAUUGCAAAGGACGAUGGACGGGUCAGUUGGGUCAACCAGGGCGCGAUUGGACACUUCACAUCGCAUCUGCCAUGACAGCCGGAGCUGCAUCCACCUCGCUUACUAAUCCCCUAUGGGUGAUUAAAACUCGAUUCAUGACACAGAGCGAACGAACAGCGUAUCGGUACAACAACACCCUUCAUGCAUUUGCCACUAUUGCCAAAGAGGAAGGCAUCCGAGGGUUCUACAAAGGUCUCGGACCUUCUCUGAUCGGCGUAAGCCACGUUGCUGUACAAUUUCCACUCUACGAAAAAUUAAAAACCUGGUUUCAUACGCAAGCCAAUGUACCAUCAGGUACACUCGUUAUUUUAUUAGCCUCCUCUUUGUCAAAAAUGGCUGCCAGCACAGCCACAUAUCCCCAUGAAGUCAUUCGUACCCGAUUACAAAAUCAAACCAGAAAACCAUUCAAAUACCACGGUAUUAUCCAUGCCAUAAAAGUCAUUACUGUAGAAGAGGGCAUUCGAGGGUUCUAUAAGGGCAUGUCCACCAAUUUAAUACGCACGGUACCCUCCUCCGCCAUGACCAUCCUCACCUAUGAAGUCAUUGUAGAAAAACUAGAUAACAUCAAAAAAUAUGGAUGA